GAAUUUACAAUGUAGCUAGACGGUUAUCCACAGGAACACGAAUAUGUUAAAUUGUCAUCUUUUUAAAUUGAGUUUGGCUUUAUUUUUUCUCCAAACAUUACAGCGCGUGUCAGCAAAGAAAACGACGUAGACACAAGGCUAGCUAGUUAAAGAAACCUACCGUCAGUCAUGGCUGGGUAACAUGCAAACUUUGUGGUGUGACGUUAUGUAGAUAUUACUCGGGGUGUAGCUAACAGUUGAAGGAAAAUAACCGCAAGGGGCAGUAUUUCUUUUAUUUUUUUAAUUUUUUACAGCAAACGUUUGUUCUCCCGAGGCGGAAGUCAACAGAGACCCCAUCCUGUUGUGUUCCUGCGCUAAGCUACAAGAAUGGCGGAUGAGGAGGACGAGACUGGCUUCGACGAGGAAUUGGAUGAUGGAUCCGGCGGAGUAGAUGUCGGCCACGGGAAGAGAAAGAGGCUCUUCUCCAAGGAGCUCCGGUGUAUGAUGUACGGAUUUGGAGACGACCAGAACCCGUAUACUGAGUCUGUGGAUAUUCUGGAGGACCUGGUCAUCGAGUUUAUCACGGAAAUGACCCACAAAGCAAUGUCCAUCGGACGCCAGGGCCGCGUCCAGGUCGAGGACAUCGUUUUCCUAAUUCGCAAGGACCCCCGGAAAUUCGCCAGAGUCAAAGACCUACUGACCAUGAACGAAGAGCUGAAGAGAGCCCGCAAAGCUUUCGACGAAGCAAAUUAUGGCUCAUAAAAACCGCCUACACCUAAUUUGACAGUUUAUUUCUUUUAAUUGCUGUUCAGCUGAAUUGUUCAUUUGCAGAUCUGUGUUCUUGAGGAUUUUGUUUAGCCUUGACUUGCUGUCCAAAGUCAGUUUUUUUGGUGAUGUGUAUUAUUUCAUAGGGUGGCCGUGACAAGAAUGUCAAAGUGUUACCUGGUGUCAUGCUGUCUGGGACUGUCUCAAUAAAGAAACUUACAUAUUGUU